AUGAUCCUGAAGGUGGAUCUUGCUGCUGGCUCCGUGCAGAGCUACCCAUUUGCCAUCCCGGGGAGCAAAUGGCCUGAUGUGCUUUUUUCAGGUUUCGGCGCCGCUCGCCUGGGCCAGAAUUUUCCACGUCCAACCCGGCCCGCCUUAGCGCUCGGGAGCGGCGGCCGAGAGCGGCAGACCUCUGCAAGGGGCUUGCACCGAGCGUGUGCGCCCAAGCGCAGCCGGAGAGCCCAGCCCAGAAGCCCCACCGCCCUGGCCUCGAGAGCGACCCUCUCCCACCCCCGCAAAGCCCUCCACCACGCACCAGCCGGGGGCUCCAGCGUACGAGCGUACCGCUGCCGUGGAUUCAGCCCGGCUUCUCUCCUUCCUGCCUCCCGCCCGGGCCGCCCCGCCCCCAGGCCAAUACAGCAACCCAAAGAGCCGAAGCCCAGGAGACCGCCGCUCGCGUUACCUUGGCAGAAUGGCCGGGCCCCGCUGCUGCUGCUGCUGCUGCUGUCGUCGCAGUCGGUGGAUCCGUCACCAUCGCUUUCAGGCGACGACGGUCUCGCCGGCGGUUCCAGGACCUGCCGGGCUGCCUUCACCGCUCCCCCCACCCCCGGAGUGUAUUCCCCGAGGUGCGGCUGGCUCCGCGUCCUCUCUCGGAAGGGGGCUGGCGGGAAAGGAGCAACGGCGGGGCAACGCGCAAGGCCUGGCGGCGGCGCGUGUAAUCGGCCAAGGGGCUUCCUCUCUGUCAGUCACUCACCGGGCGCAGAGAUGAAGUCCGACGAGGAAGUAAAGGGCAAGCGCCGCCGCAGCCGUCUGCGCGCCUCAGUGACUCACCCCAGCCCGCAGCCGCUCUCGCUCUUUCGCGAAGGCAGCCCACGACGCCUUCUCGUCGCCCGCUCCGGCCGGAGGAGCCUAAUCUCAGGGCGACGGCCCCGCCGCCAGGCACCCGCCCCCCCUGCUGCCGGGAGACAUGCUUGCAGGCUACCUGCGGAGGGGGCGGAGAUGGAGGCGCGGGCCCGCUCCGCGCGCGCCCCGGCGGCCCGGGAAGGGAAGGGAAGGGCGCAAGGCGAGGACUUGUUGCGCGCGAAGCGAGCCCCCUCGAGCGCGCCCCGCCGCCCCGCCCCGCCUCUCAGCCCAAGGUGGCACCAGAUCCAGCAAAACCAGUCCCGCCGCCGCGGUGGAAAACCGGCUCAUGGAAAACUGGGAGCAAGACCAGGCAGCAAGCCCCACCUCCUGGCUGUCUCCUGGGAGCUAGCAGGGGACGCCUCCCGGUAUGAGGGGUGGGGGGAGGCGGAAAGGAGCCCGCCGGAGCGGGAGCGCCGCGUCUUCCCUUCGGUCGGCGCCUGGCGAGAAGUUAAUGAUAAAUAUCUUCGCGCGGGGCGUGGGGCUCCUUUCGGGAGGAAAGGAGCAAGUCCUCCUCCGAGCCGCCCACGCAUGGACCGCGUCCACGGCAGCAGGCGUCGGGGCAUUUGCCUUGGCUGGAAACAAACGGACGGCACCCCCUUUGUGAGCGAGAGGCGCCUCGUGAAACCUCAGAGCGCUUCGCCCGGGGCUCGCUCACAGCUGAGCAGAUGCAGGCCGGUGGAGCGGGCAUUUUGUACCACCUUGGGAGAACGACUCUCCGGCAGAAAGUGGAGGGGACCGAAAAUCGGGAUGGAUCCUCCGCUGUGGAUCUGCUAGAUGAGGCUGAACCUCUUUGCCGCUGCCCGGCUUUCCCUCGCCGCCGCAGGAGCAAAUUAGGCUGCAGUUUAGUUAGUCCCAUUGCACGCAAUAGAGGUGCCUUGUGAGUAGACAUGCUUAGGAUUGCAGCAAUCGUGCCUCCGCUUUUUCUCUGCAUCAGGCGUAAUUACAGACACAAGCAAUUAGUGUGUCAAAACAGCCUAUCCUCCAGGGCUUUGCUGCAGUGCAUUCUCAUUAGUCCGCAGCAUAUGCUCGCAGGAGUUCCCCGAAGAAAGGGCAGGCUGCGUAUCUGCUCGGGCCCGGCGAAGGCGCUUGGUAGGCUGGGCAGCCACGGCUGCGCUGUCAGGGAAGUCUUGCUUCUCACAGAUUGUUCAGACUUGAAUAUGUGAGCAAGGGGGACGAUCUUUCAGAUCCUUCCUGACCCAACGUUCAGAUCCAUUUUCAGAUAAAAAUGCCGAGCUAGGUAAUGCGGUUGUAGUUAUUUUAAUUACACACUUACGUUACUUUCAAAACGGAUCAAAAAUAGAGAAUCCAAACAUCAAACGAAAACCGCCUAGAAUGAAACCAAGACAAAGGGGGGAACAAAAAUUAAAGUCAUCUCAAUACAUAAAAUCAAAACAAAACAGCAGAAUAAAUUAGUAAAAGCUCUAAAAGCAGUUUUUAAACUGGCUGGCAGAAUGAAAUGUUUUCAGGUGGUGCCCCAAAGACCAUAAGAAAGGUACCAGGCAAGGCUCUCUGGCACCCCUGAAAAGGCCCUCUCCUCAUUUGGUGAGGGACCCAGGAAGAGGACCUCUUGCUAUUUUCAUGUCCAGUAGGAAAUUGAAUGUUGCUUAAAACUGGUUAUCUGUCCCUGCAGUGCUGGUCAAUUCACUUUCAACUGGUACAAGAAAGCAAACCAAAGGGAAGUCCUUUAGUUGGUACAAAGUUGGUACAAACUUGCUGCAAAGUUGGUCACCAAUUUAUUUUUAAUGGGAAUUGAGGCACCAUAUAUUCUGAGAAAUACUUGCGUCAUGAGGCAGAAGAUGGUCAGUCUUCCAGUCUACAUCCACAUGCAAACUGAAGAUGGGGAGAUUUUGAAGGAUAAGGAAAAAUGUGCUUUGAAGAAAAGUUUUGAGGAGCUCUGAACAGAACACCGGGCCUGCCAUUCAAUGGGCACAACCUUGCAACAGGUCUGUGUUAUGUGUAUCAGCCAGAGAACUUCAGGUUUGGGGUGGUAUAAAAGUAAAAUAAAUUUCAAAAGAAAGAAAA